CCCUCUUCCUUCUUUAUAUAGAUCGAUUCUAUCGAAGAAGAUUGAAGUUCUUACGAGAAAUUUGAUCUGCAGAAAAUAUAGCCAUGGAAGGAGUUGAUUACUUAGGUCAUGAAAGAAACAAGGCGCAGUUCGAUGUUAACGCCAUGAAGAUCGUUUGGGCAGGUUCUCGCCAUGCCUUCGAAGUCAGUGAUCGCAUAGCCAAGCUCGUUGCCGAUGAUCCUGUAUUCAGCAAGGAUAAUAGAGUAACUCUAGGAAGGAAGGAGUUGAUUAAAAACACUCUUAGGAAAGCUGCACAUGCUUGGAAAAAGUUGGGAGAGCUUCGUCUUACUGAAGAAGAGGCAAUUAUGAUGAGAUACUUUGUGGAUGAACCUGCAUAUACUGAUCUCCACUGGGGAAUGUUUAUACCUUCCAUUAAAGGACAGGGUACUGAAGAACAACAAAAGAAAUGGUUACCUUUGGCAUAUAAAAUGCAAAUAAUUGGUUGUUACGCGCAGACUGAGCUUGGUCAUGGUUCAAAUGUUCAAGGUCUUGAAACCACUGCUACAUUUGAUCCCCAAACUGAUGAGUUUGUUAUUCAUAGUCCCACUCUUACUUCAAGCAAAUGGUGGCCUGGUGGACUGGGUAAAGUAUCAACUCAUGCUGUUGUUUAUGCACGUCUGAUUACGAUGGGUCAAGACUAUGGAGUGCAUGGUUUUCUUGUACAACUGCGAAGCCUGGAAGAUCACACACCUCUUCCUGGAAUUACUGUUGGUGAUAUUGGUAUGAAAUUUGGAAACGGUGCUUAUAACACCAUGGACAAUGGAGUCUUAGUGUUUGAUCAUGUUCGGAUUCCAAGAGAUCAGAUGUUGAUGAAGGUUUCACAGGUCACAAAGAAAGGGGAAUAUAUACAGUCUGAUGUUCCAAGACAGCUUGUUUAUGGAACAAUGGUAUAUGUCCGUCAAACAAUUGUAUCUGGCGCAUCUUCCUUCUUAUCUAGAGCAGUUUGUAUUGCUACAAGGUAUAGUGCUGUUCGUAGACAAUUUGGUUCAAAGGAUGGUGGGGAAGAGACACAGGUGAUUGAUUAUAAGACACAACAAAGUAGGUUGUUUCCUUUGAUUGCUUCAGCCUAUGCUUUCAGAUUUGUUGGUGAAUGGUUGAAGUGGUUGUACACGGAUGUAACCCAAAGAUUACAAGCCAGUGAUUUCUCUACACUUCCUGAGGCUCAUGCUUGCACUGCUGGUUUGAAGUCACUGACCACUACCGCUACUGCUGAUGGUAUUGAAGAAUGCCGUAAGCUAUGUGGAGGUCAUGGCUAUCUUUGUAGCAGUGGUUUACCUGAAUUAUUGGCUGUAUAUGUCCCAAACUGUACAUAUGAAGGAGACAACAUUGUGCUUCUUCUACAGGUUGCGAGGUUUCUCAUGAAGACUGUUUCCCAACUUAAUUCGGGAAAGAAACCAGUGGGAACAACAACAGCAUACCUUGGACGCAUAGAGCAACAAUUGACAUUCCGGUCUGAUGUUCAGAAAGCUGAGGAUUGGUUGAAGCCAGGUGCUAUCUUGAGAGUGUUUGAGGCUAGGUCUGCAAGGAUGGCUGUAGCUUGUGCUACUAACUUGAAAAAGUUUUCGAAUCAAGAAGAAGGCUUUUCGGAACUGUCUAUUGAUUUGAUUGAGGCUUCAAUUGCCCAUUGUCAAGUGAUCAUUGUUUCCAAAUUUAUUGAGAAAUUGGAAGGAGAAAUCCCCGGUUAUGGGGUUAAGCAACAGUUGGAGGUUCUCUGUUUCAUUUACGCACUGUCCCUUCUUCACAAGCAUCAAGGCGAUUUCCUUGCAACCAAAAGCAUCAAUCCUGAUCAGGCUCAUCUCGCUAAUGAAAUGCUCAGAUCUUUAUACACCAAGGUCCGACCGAAUGCAGUUUCCCUUGUGGACUCAUUCAACCAUACAGACCACCUCCUUGACUCGGUUUUGGGGCGAUACGAUGGUAAUGUGUACCCAAAGUUGUAUGAGAAAGCAUGGCAAGAUCCUUUUAAUGAUUCCGUAAUUCCUGAUGGUUAUCAUGACUAUAUUCGACCUUUGCUGAAACAACAACUUCAUAUUGCCCGACUCUAGAAGAAAUAUAAGUUAUGUUCGGCUUCGAGUUGGGUCAAUUUGUAGGUGUUAUUAGUGUCUAUGAUAUUGGAAUAUUGAUGGAGAAUGCCAUCUUUUGCAAUUUUUAUUUAUUGUGACUUUGGAAUAAGUAUUGGAAUGAUUGCCAAUAGGUAAACUUGUAGAAUUAUCUGAAUUUUAUUUUUAAUAAAUUUGUUUUCUAAAUAA